UUGGUGAACUUUCCUUUUCCGCCUGUUUUAUUCGGUGCCUUGUCUCUCCUCUCUUGACGCGUGUCUCCUUCCCUGCUCCACGCCUCUUUCACCACAGCACUCAGCGUCUAUCUACGCUUCCUCCCUUUCUGUUGUUUGCGAACGAUGCAUUGGUUUCGUUUUCCGUGCGCGCUUGUGUGCGCGUUAUCUGUCUUCAUUCUUGUGUGUCGCGGGAAGAUUGGCCUUGGGCGGCACAUUACCACCGAAAUCGGUGCGAUUUGAGUUGAGCUUUUUCAGACUUUGAGCGCGGCCGGGUCGAGAGUGUAGUGUGGCGAAAGGCACUUCCGAGCGGGUUUUCACUUCCGGGAGCACUCCCGAAAAAAUUCCCAAGUCGGGAGUGUUGUGGGAGGCCCUUCCUCUCUCUGCUGCCGCCGUUUCCCCUCGACGCUCUUCAACAGUCAGCAGCACGCAUAGCCACGUGGUAGUUACUGCGUUUUCUUUGUGGAUGAUGCAUCCUCCUUGAGGCGCGGAAGAAAGUGGUCACUGUAGAAAGAGGCACGUAUUCUGUUCCUCUAGGCAGCAGUCAGGAAAACGAAUGGCUGCCUGUUCGCCGUGUUGAACUGCCGCGCGAGGCGACCGCUUGAUGGGUCCGCGGAAAUCCUCUCCCGCUGGGUUCUCGUCAUCGCGCCCAUGAGGAUCGACACUAUGAUGAUGAUGUCUCUGUCCCCCUUCGACGGCUCGUGCUACCGGUAUUCGUAACGAGCGUCAACCACUCAGGAAGGAAUUCUCCAUCCCGAACGCAUCGCUGGUCGCUUCCACUGUGUGGAUGUUCCCUUCUCAGAUUGAUUGAUUGCUGGCGACUUCCGGGCGUUUUCCGCUCGGGCGUUGCCGGGCCCGUGCUGGAUCGGACCGGGCGGGUGAGGGCAGAGUGUUCGUGAGUGGCCCUGGAGUCGGUCCGGAAAUGGACGUUCCACUUUGAAAAUUCACUUUUGACGUCUCGGCUCUUCUUCAUUCCUUGCCGCUUCCUUGUGGACGAGUUAAGCAGACUCGUCGGUGUCUAUUUAGAUCGCUAAGCUCCCCAUGACCCAGCUCGUUGCUUCUCUGUCUGUCUGUCUGUCUGUCUGCCUGUCGCUCUAUCUGUCUCUCUCCCUGCCUCCUGAUAAUUUUUGUGAAUCAGUCGUCAUCUUCUCGUUGUUCGUCGAUUCGUUGGUAUGCUAGCCGAUGCACUUUGCCCUUUUCAGACGGGAGGGGUUCGUUAUAGCCUUACAGCGCGUCAUAACUGGCGUUAGAUCCUCAAGUGCCGUCGCAAGUGCGGCAUGACUUUGACACCUUGAGAACGGCUGCAACAUUGUCAUGCAGGGGUUAUUCUCCUCAUCGCGCUGGCUGUCGAUCGCACACUUAGUACACGCACAGAAAGACCAUCUCCCCUCCCCCCCCCCCCCCCCCCCCCCCCCCCCCCCCCCCAAGACCUCCUGUGUACGGUUCUCGUUCUGUACAUCACGCUGGUUGUCGAUCUCUCCCGUUCUGUUUGCUGCCGGUGUGCGCACAUACGCACAGCACACAUAUACACAGAGGGACCAUCUCCCGCCCCCUCCUCCACCUCCCCCACUGUCGUGCCCGGUUUACUUCCCCCUAUCGCUCUGGCUGUUGAUCUCCCCCGGGCUGUGUGCUGUUGUCGUGUGCGCUUACAUUAUACACACACAGAGGAACCACCUCUCGCCCCCCCGCUCUUCCUCUCUCCCUUGUGCUGGGGCUCGUUGGUGUUUCGUAGUUGGGAUCGCGGAGUCCUAGCGCGUCAAGAGAAUGGGGUUGAUUUUUCAGCAAUACUUGACUGGUCCGCGCAUUUACACGUGCAGCACAUGUAAAACGCAUGCUGCGAAUCAUGAUGACGUGGUGUCCAAGGCAUUUCAAGGGAAGCACGGGCGGGCGUAUCUGUUCAACAACGUGGUUAACAUUACGCUGGGGCCGAAGGAAGAGAGGCUGCUGCUGACCGGCUUGCACACGGUUGCGGACAUAUACUGCGCGGUGUGCGGUGCUGUAUUGGGCUGGAAAUAUGAGCAAGCUUACGUGGAAAAUCAGAAGUAUAAAGAAGGGAAGUACAUCAUUGAGAAGGAAAGGACAAGGAAGGAGAACUGGUGAUUGCUCAUGUGUGGGACGGCCAGGGUUGGUUGUGAUGCAAUAUAUUGCCUGUUGUAAAUAAGCAUCCGCUAUGUGCGUGAUCAGUAGAUUCUGUAUAUUUAGAGUAUGCCUCCAUUUAUUCUCCUGCCGCUAUGGGUUCUGUCAAUCUCAAUUCAAGCAAGGCAGGGAGCCUAAUUUGUUCAGGAUGGGAGAUGCCUAACCGGAGAGAUGUGGGAGGUAGGAACGAGGAAGGGGGGAAUUUACCCACCCUAGCAUGCCUAAAUUUGUCACCGUGUGGAUUUCUCCUUCCGUGCCAGAUGAUGUGUCAUGGGUGAUCAGUUCUUCGGAGGGGGCAGUAAGCAAGCCGGCUCCAAUGGUCUGUCUCUCUCUUUCCAGAGGUUCUCAAAAUUGCUUGUGGAGAAGCUGCAAGUUGUCGUCGAAGCAUCCCGCAAACUGCUGUGGUCAGAGCUUCGCGCAGACUGCUGUGGUUCACAUUGACCCGAUAUGCCCGUCCAAUUUCACCUCUCCUGGGUGCUCUCCAGGAAUCCUCUUUGGUUCGUCUCUCUUGACAACCCUUCCGCUCAGCCUGCUGGCCCGCACUGCUUGCCACACCUGUCUCCUGGCCCACUUGCCGCCCUCCCCAUCAUCGUCUCUCGUGUUCGAAAUGCGCUGAAAGGGUUAAGUCGCUGAGGUCAUUCGAUGAUGACCAUGUGGAGAACCCAUACAGCAAAUGGGCUCAUCUUCAUUCAAAUUUGAAACUGUAAAUCACCCGGAAGUUUGUAUUCAAUUGUGUUCCCCUGUAUUCAACUUGCGACACGUGCCCGUGUCCCUUGGGUUGUAUUGUCCGCUGUCGUGUGCACGCGUCACUCUACAUCUGCGUUCUGCUCUUGUAUCUGUUUUCUGCCUAGUAAGAUUGGGCAGACUGCUGGGAGGAGGCAAUGCCAUGCAAUGUUGUUGAUGUGUAGCGCUUGUCUGUGAUGGAUGCAGAUGGCGUCUGUUUUUCUUCAUUAUUCGCUCUCGGUUACUCUGCUGUUCUUGCCCUGCGAGGUCAGGAAAUGUUGUUCUUCCCGGACAGGCUGCUGGACUGAGGCAAAAUUGACGAUGUUGAUGAUGUUUAGCGCUUGCCUGUGAUGGAUUCAUCUGUGUGCCAUCUUUAUUUCAUCAUUCUUCAUUCUCGGUCAGAUGUGCAGACAAUUCUUGACCGAUCGAUCACCCAGGCAAAAUCUGUCCUGCCAAAAGCAAUGUAUUCCAUGGGGGUUUGUCAUUUGCUGGGGGAGUCUGCUUUGUGAUGUUUGUCUCUCUGGCUGUCAUGUCCUGUCUUUGAGUUAAUUGAAUGUCUGCUCGCUUGUCUAGGAGGUGGAGGGGGAGGAGGAGGGAGGGAGUGUGGUUGUGGGCAGUGCAGUCAAAUUUGAAUCAAGUCGUGUGUGGGAGAUGAUGUCUCCACGUUUCUCAGAAAGGGGGUUAAAAACUCCCGAUUGCGAAUGUGAAGGACGAGGCCAAAGAGUGCUGCUCUCUCUCUCAUCUAACAGUACAAUUUGUUUCCUCUUUGGCUUGUGAGAAUCCUGCCUGUAUAGCCUGGCCUUUCACUAGAUUCUUUUGGUGGUGGACUGUGGUUGUCUUCUUGUUGCUGAACUGGUACAUUAAGUUACUGUGACGUUGGCGGUCUGCCUCUGCUGAAGUCCAUGAAUCAGCAGCUUAGCAGCAUGGUGUAUACACAGCAGCAUUUACUUAGUCCAACGGUCUCCAACCAUACACUGGGUUUUGCGCCAAUCUGGUGCAUAUCAGUGGGUCAUUUGAUUUAUUUAGUGGUAUCCGCAAGGAUAGUCUGAUUCUUAUGUGCGAAAGCGCCUUUGUGGGAUUCAGCUGCGAAGCAUUCUGCUCGGUCUCCAACCAUACACUGGGUUUUGCGCCAAUCUGGUGCAUAUCAGUGGGUCAUUUGAUUUAUUUAGUGGUAUCCGCAAGGAUAGUCUGAUUCUUAUGUGCGAAAGCGCC